CUGACAGACAGAGAAGUACGAUGGCUGCAGUCAUGUGGAUUCAAAUGUCUUCAUUCCUGCUGCUGAUGCUUCAGAUUACAGCACAAACAACACCACAGACUUUGUCCUCCUUCAGAGCUGCCAGAGCUGGACAUGACAUCAUUUUGUCUUGUGAAAAUGUGACUGAUGGUCAACAUAACUGCAACUAUACUACCUGGAUAUUCAGUGUUUCAAGAAACACAACAGUAGAGCUGGUUGCUCAUGGGGAGAUUAAAGAAAAUGUUAAAGCUGAAUACACCAGACUGAGUGUUACAGCGAACUGUUCUCUGCUUAUAAAGAAGGUCAAAGCUGAAGAUGUUGGUCGUUACACCUGCAGACAGUACAAAACAAGAGAAGGACAACAAGAAGGUCCAGACUUUAUGAUUGAUCUGUCUGUUAUUAACAUGACUGAACAUGAGAACAAUGAUAAAGUCAUUGUGAACUGCUCUGUGCUGACACAUGAACACUGUAGACACACAGUGGAGUGGCUGCAUGAGGGUGAAAAGAAUCAAUCAGACGUGGAGAAUAAACCAGGUUCCUGCUCUGUGACUGUGACAUUUAAAAGAUCUCACCAUGAUCAGAAGUCAAAGUUUUAUAAUUCAUUGAAGUGUAAAGUGACAGAUAAACACACUAAAGAAGAACAACUGUUUCCCUUCAAACUCAAGUCCUCAGGUUUGUUAUUAUUGUGUAUUAUCCUUCCCGUUGGUUUAUCAGCACUCUUAAUAACUGCUGUGAUCAUCAGAUGGAAGAAACAUAAAGGAAAAGAAAGGCAGCUGGCUGGCAACACUGGACUGAGCUUAAACCCUGCAGAGACUCAGUCUGGACCAGGAACCAAUCAAUCCUGGGCUGGAGCUGAUGAUGGUGUUUCCUACGUCUCCAUCAGCUUGCCCAAGAGGACCAAGAAUAAAACCCGGUCCCGUGGUCAUGAUGAAGGUGACACUGUGACCUACAGCACUGUGAAAGCUUUCUCCUCUUCUGCUGGAGAUGAUCCCAACCACCUCUAUUCCACCAUCAAUGAUGUAAAGAAGUAGGAUGUUGCUCAUGAAAGGAGAUAUGGUAGAUGCUGUUUCACUUUUUAGAGGAGAGAAUGAAUGUGAAAAGUCAUAGGUUAUUUUUAUUUUAUUUUUUUUGUCUUACGUAUGUGUUGUUUUGAACUAAUAACAUAAUAUUGUUAUGGUAAAUAGACUUAUAUAGUGCUUUUCUACUCUACCUGAGCACUCAAAGCUCUUUAUACAACAUGUUCAUUCACCCAAGCGGUUAAGUGCUCCCUAUCUAACAUUAAUACUCAUUCAUACUUCGAUGGAAGCAUCGGGGAGCAACAUGGGGUUAGUAUCUUGCCCAAGGAUAUUUGGCGUGCAGACUGGAGCAGACUGGGAUCAAACCACGACCCUUCUGGUUAGUAGCUGACCUGCUCUAACACCUGAGCUACAGACACCAAACUCAAAAACAUUUAUGUUUCAAAAACAGACAUGUUACCUCAGAUAUAUAUUUCUGUUUUGACUUAAACUGUUUCUGCCAGAGGUGUAUGUGUUGACGUUUUAUUGCAAGAAACCUUUUCUGUUUGCUGCUGCUCAUAAAAGUUUAGCUGAUAGCGUCCUAUCACUAAUCUAAUCUGAAUUUUGAACUGUAGUGAACAUUUAUUCAGUCUUAGCAAUUUAGCAAACUCCAGAAAAAUGAUGAGGACCUAAAGGCACUUCUUAUAGACUAUUGGGUGUGUUAACCAUUUGUGUUUCUGACGUUUAUGUGGUCAUCAUGAGAGGCUCAACCCUCCAGAG